AUGGAUAAUCAAGAAAAUAUUGGAGUUAAUCAUAAUUUCAGUAUUCCUACAAUACAGACAUUUAAUAGUGAAACAGAGUCUGAUGAAGAAAUUGAGUACUACAAUUAUUCAAUGGUUAGUGUUCCUUCAGAUAGAACAAUUGCUCAUAUAUCUAGUGACCUUGUUAGUGAAAUUUUAUCAAAUCCAGCAUUGAGUACACUGGACACAAUUUCAAAUAAUUUGCAUUCAAGUGACAUAAACAAUGUUUCAUCCAAUGACAAUAAUAUGGAAUUUUCGGAUAAAGUUAAAGAUUUGACAAAAGAAGUUAUAGAUGAGGCAGAAUCUGGAAUUGAUACUGUUAAAUCUAUUGUUCAUGAGGGAGAAAAAAAAGUAAAAGAUUUGGUUGAUUCUAAUUUCAAUGAAGAAAAAACAAAUGAGGGAAAUAAUACAAGUGAAAAGGAGGUAACCGAAAGUGGUGGAGUAUUUGAUAAAGUUGGAAAUAUAUGGAAUUCAACUAAAAAAGAACUUGAAAAAGUUUCAGAAAAUAUUGGACAUGGAGCUGAGGUUGUUGUUGGUACAGCAAAAGAUUUUGGAAAUUCUGUUGUUGAGAAGACAACUCUAACAACAGAGUAUGUAACUGAAAAGGCUGGUGAUACAUGGGACUCAGCAAAACAUGGUGUUGAAAAUAUUACAGAGAAAAGUAAAGAAAUUGGACAUUCCACUGCACAGGCAACUGUUGCAGCUGGAAAAACUAUUACUGAUAAAAUAUCUAGUAUUUUGGAUGUAUCAAAGAACGAUAAUAAUGAAGAGUUAGUUGAUGACAAGAAAGAUGACCAAACAGUUGAUGUUGAGACACCUGUUUCUAAAGAAGAUAUUUCAAAAAAGACAUCUGAUAUGUUAGAUUUUACAAAAGAAAGUGUAAAAAGUAUGGUUGAUAAAACUAAAGAUGUUGUUAAUUCUGUUGGAGAAGAAAUGCUUCAUUUGGGAGAAAAAGUUCCUGAGAAAUUUAAUGAUGGAAUUGAAUUUAUUAAAGAAGAAGGUAAAUUAAUUGCUGAUAAGAGUGAAGAAGCAAGAAAGUAUGUUCUUGACAAGGCAGAUACUGCUGAAAAAAAAGUUGAGGAAUCAAUUUCUUCUAUAUUAGCUCCUACAUACUUAGAAAAGAAUGAAAACACUGACCAGAAUAAGGAAGAUAAAACUCACUCUGAUGAGGAAGAAACUUCAACUAUUGAGUCUGCUAAAGACAAAAUUUCUGAUGCAUUUAAUACCUCUGGAAAGGUAAUUGAAGAUUUUGCCAAUAAGAGUAAAGAAGCUUUUGAAUCAGCUGUAGAAAAGACAGUUUCAGCUGCUGAAAAUGUCUCAGAAAAAGCUUCAAAUGCUGCAGAAUUUGUAGAAGAAAAGGUCAAAGAAAUUCCAACUAAAGUAGAAAAUUUAGUUCAUUCAGUUGAGAAAAAACUUUCUGAAGAAACAUCAAACAAUGAAAAUGACAUUGAAAAAGAUACAAAAUCUACAGAAAAGGAGGAUAAUUUUACUGAAAAUGUUGUUGAAAAAGUUAAAGAAGUUGAAGAGUCUAUUAUUAAUAAGGUAACCUCAAUGGGACAGUUUGUUUCAGAGAAAACUUCUGACGCUAUCGAUCAUAGCAAACAUAGUUUUGAAAAUACCACCGACAAAAUAUCUGAUACUAUUCAAUCAACAAAAGAAAAAGUUAACGAAAGUAUUGAUGAUAUUUUAAAGGGAGAAGAACAGGUUAUUGAAGAGCCAGUUACAGUAGGUGGAAGUGUUGCUGAAAAAGCCAAGGAUAUUGCAAGUUCUGUCAAAAAUUUUGUCUCAGAAAAUACUUCAGAUGUCAUAGAUUCUGUCAAGCAUGGUAUAGAAAAUAUUGAGAAUAAAAUUGUAGGUUCAGAUGACACAAAAUCAGAAGAUAAAAAUAUAAUUGAAAAUGUUACUGAUAAAGUUGAUGAUAUUAAAAAAGAGGUAGAGAAUGUUGUUAAAAGUAACUUAAUGGAUUCAGAAAAGGUUGAUUCAAAUGAUGAAGAGAAAGAAAAAACAAAAGAUAAUCAUUCAUCAGAUACCUCAAAUAUCCCUGAUAACAUUGUUAAAAAAUUAGAAGAAGAUGCUAUAAAAGUGAAGAAUGCUGUAAUUGAUAAUGCUUCUCAUUUGACAAAUCUUAUUUCUGAAAAGGCAGAUAAAGUUAAGGAUGAUUUUAUGGAUAAAACUAAUGAUGCAAUAAAUUAUAUCACUGAUAAUACAAAAAAUAUUGAAGAUAAACUUGUUAAUAAAGAAAAGGAUGUCUCUAAUUCUAUGGUUGAGGCAACUGAAGAGGUCAAAAAAAAUAUUACCCAACAGACAGGUGAAACUUUGGAUAAAAUAUCUGAUGUUGUUGAUCAAAAAGCAGAUAUAAUUGUUGAUAAAUCAACAAAUAUUAGUGAAAAAAUUAAGGAUGAUUUACAUUCUGUUAAAGACAAAGUAGGAGAAGUAAAGGCUGCAGUUAGUGACGCUAUUGAUAAUACUAAAAAAGAAAUAGAAACAAAAUAUGAUGGUGCUUCUCAUAAAGUAGAUGAAAUUUUAGAGAAUACUAGUAAAAAGAUAAAUGAAACUAGCUCAUCAAUUACCAAUGAGAUAGAUAAUAUAGUUGAAGAUAGUAAAAAAGAUAUUGAUGAAACAAAAGAUAAAACAAAAGAAACUAUUGAUUCUAUAAAAGAUAAGGUAUCCUCUACUACUAAAAAAGUUGGUGAUACAUUUUCUGAUUUAACUGAAAAAGCUUUGGAAAAAUCAAGUGAAAAGGUAAAAGAAAUAUCUGAAAAGGCAUCAGAGGAAGCCAGAGCUGCCUUCAAAAAUGCUAAAGAUAUUACAGAUAAUGCUUGUGAAACUAUUGAAAAAAAGACAACAAGUAUGUUGACAGAUGGAGAUGAAACAGAAAAAAAUAUAGUUACUGAGGAGUUAAAUGUUAAAAAAGUAGAGUCAGAAAAGACAAAUAAAGGGGUAGAAAAUGUUUCAGAACAAAAACCAUCAAAUGAAACUCAACAGUCUACUGAAAGAAAUAGUGAAAGUCCAUCAACAGCAAUGAAAUGGGAUAUUUUGAUCAAAAUAAGAUAUUAUAUUUUUUAUUUUAUCUAUAUAAUAUUUUUAAAACCAAUUCCAAAAGAUUGUGCUAAUAAAUAUAUGAUACGUAUUGUUGGUUUAUUAAUAAAAUCAUAUACAAUUAUUGCAAAUAAUAUAAUAGGAAUAUGUGUAUCACAAAAAUUUCUAAUCAAAUUUGAUAGGGCUUAUUUCCAUUUUUUAGCUUCAAUAUCACCAUUCCGAUUACCAAAAUGGAUCAAAGUAGAAAAUAUUAAGAUAGGUGGUGUAGAUUGUAGAAUUUAUAUACCUCAAGGUACAUAUAAAAAAAGUAAUGGUGCAAUUAUAUAUAUACAUGGUGGUUGUUGGAGUAUGAUAAAACCAAAACAUUUAGAUGAACAUAUGGUACCAUUGUUAGAACAUUUAGGAUGUCUUAUUGUAUCUAUUGAUUACCGUUUAUCUCCUGAAUUUCCAUUUCCUCAUGGUUUAAAUGACUCCUGGAUUGCAACAUCAACUUUUUGUGAAAAUGAUUACAAAAAUUUUGAUGUUGAUCCUAAUCAAAUUGUUAUUAUGGGUGACUCAGCUGGAGGUAACUUUGCAGCAGUAAUCUCCCAAAAAUCAAAAAGAAUUAAUAAAAAUUAUUUUAAAGCACAAAUUUUAAUUUAUCCUGCUGUUGGGUGUUGUGAUGUAACAAGUCCAAGUUUUCAAGAAUGUGAUAAAACAUAUAAUGAUUCAAUGUUAAUACAACCAUCAAUGAUUGGUAGAAUGCUCCUAGAAUAUGUUGGUUUUAAGGCAGAAAGAAAAAGUUAUGAAACAAUGAAAAAUAAUAAAUUAAUAACAAGUGAUUUUAUUAAAAGUGAUAAAUGGAAAAAUAAUAUUAGUCAUUCUUUAUUACCAAAAGAAUUUCUUGAUUCACCUUACUAUGAAAAACCAAUACAUGAUGAGGCAAAUUUAGAAAUAUCUAAAAAAUUUUGUGAAUUAUUAAAUAAUCCAGAUUUUGCACCACUUUUGGCUGAUGAUAAUGAUAUAGUUGGUCUACCACCAGCAAUAGUAAUUACAUGCGGGUAUGAUGUUUUAAGAGAUGAAGGUGCAUUAUAUGUAAAUAAGCUUAUCAGAAAUGGUGUUCCUACAUUAUGGAAUCAUUAUGAAAAUGCUUUUCAUGGUAUAUUUACACUUUCUGGUGGAAGUACAAGAAAAAAACUUUUUGAUGAUCUUAUUACAUCUAUUAAAUUAUAUAUUAAACAUGAUGUUAACAAUAAUGAUAUUUAA